AUGUCUUCCAACGGUGAUGGAUCCAAAUAUGUUUCUCCAAAUAAAACUCGUCAUCAAAUCACACGGUCGGUAUCUGAGGUAUCAUCUCCUCCCGUGAAACCUCACCGAUCUCAUCACCACCAUCACCAUCAUCACCAUCCGCAUAUACAUCGUCGAGACAAAGACGAGAAAUCGUCUCAAUCUACUUUGCAGAGGGGUUUCAGUCCAUCUGUAGAAUCAAAAAGUGAAGGAGUUUCACCUGAUGGGAGCCGGAAUGGAAGUCGAAGGCCUAGUAUCUUGGGUUCUACUGUAGAUGGCUUCGAUUUGUUUAAGAACAACGAGAGAAGGCCUCUGAGGGAGGGCGAGCUCGAAGCUGAGAAACAGAAGGGCGCCAUGAUGGCCACGGAACUGCGAAAUACCUUAACGGAUGUGAACGUUAUAGCGGACAACACUUCCCGACAUUUAGAUGCAACAUACUAUUCCGUCUUGGAGAAAUUAGGGGAUCUUCACAAGACGAUCGGAUCCCUCAAAGACUUGGCAUCCAUGACCAGACAGUUGAAUGAGGAUUUUAGCACAGAGGGAGACGAGCUUGUCCAAGAAAGUCGGGCACAACUUGAAGGAUUUGAAGAAUUCGAAGCACAGGAACAAAAGAUCAAAGCAUUGGAGAAACGUGUGAAGGAAGGACGAAACACAGUCACCACAUUGAGUGGACGGGUAGACGUUGUUAGAAAGCGCGUCAAAGGCUGGGAACAAGCAGAGGAGGAAUGGCAAGACAAAACACGAAAACGACUCAAGAUGAUGUGGAUUUUGAUGUCGAUAUGCGCAACCAUUUUACUAUCCAUCGUCAUUCUGGCAUACAUUCCCUCGAAAGGGCAAGGUCAUGGGACCGUAAGACUCAACAUUUCGAAUCCGACCGCGCUGAGAGAGUUGGAAAAGGCCCAAAAUAAGACCACUCUGAAGCCUACUCUCGAUAUAUUGGAAAGCUCAACACCUGGAAGUGAAGUCAACAAGGAAGCAGAGAAGUUGGCAGAGGAUCCAAGACUUAAAGUACUCGACGAGUUAUAAUUUAUUGGCACGAAAAUGUCCACACGGGGCUUACACCUCUCAGCCCAAGUCUAAUUAUUAAUAGUACCACUUUUCCAAGUAUACUACGCCUUACGGGACCCCAAAAAUCAGUGGGUCGACGGUCCCAUGACUUGUAGUAUUGACAUGCCGAGCAACCGGAUGCUGGUAAAGGUCGAAACCUACAUGCCAAUCCAUAAACCUACCCAUCUUCUUCUUAUUAGCAUCGUUGAACAUGACACUACAUAUCAUACACAUUAACCGUACGUACGCAUUAGGAGUGACAUUCAUGCGUAUUCACAGGUAGUUUUGGGGGUUCGCGUCUUUGAUACUAGGUAGAUGGAUACGCGGGUGAAUGCCGAGUCGAUUAUGCAAGGUUCACGUCCAAUGAUAUAUAUAACAAAAUGCUUUACAUUUACCGAACUUGGAAUCUAUUUCACACUUUGGAUUCUAGAAUGGUGACAUGGUGCCGUGGGCCGUGGACCGGCACACAAUAGACAUCAGUCGUCAUUUCCCUAAGCCACCCAUCAUAUAUCCCUGUAUUGUAUGGCAAUUGUCAAGAGAUUCCAAAAUUCCAAAAUUCCAAUCCAUGGUAUAUAAU